AGCGCGGCCACCCCACGACUCGCACUCGCACCACCACCACCACCACACCGCUCGCCCUCGCCUCCGACAGCGACCGCGCAACCGCGUCGUCGUCCCCGGCCCCGGCACCGCUCCUCCGCAGCCGCCUCCGUCCUCUGCUGCGCAGCCCUGACCACGCACAACGCGCGCGAGCAUAUCGGCACCAGAGCAAGUGCUUGCACGGAGGCGCGUCACUGACGAUGUCGACGAGCUCCGCCAACUCCGCGGCGUCCCCGGCGGUGUCCGGCCUGGACUACGACGACACGGCGCUCACGCUCGCCCUCCCGGGCUCAUCCUCCUCCUCCGCCGCCGCCGACCCCGCCGACCGCAAGCGCGCCGCCGCCGACCACGACAAGCCGCCCUCCCCAAAGGCGCGGGCCGUGGGGUGGCCGCCGGUGCGCGCGUACCGGCGCAACGCUCUGCGCGACGAGGCCAAGCUCGUCAAGGUGGCCGUGGACGGCGCGCCGUACCUGCGCAAGGUGGACCUGGCGGCGCACGACGGGUACGCGCCGCUGCUCCGCGCGCUGCACGGCAUGUUCGCCGCCUGCCCCGGCGCCGGCGCCGCCGGGAGGCUCGUGGACGCCGCCACCGGCGCCGAGUACGUGCCCACCUACGAGGACAAGGACGGCGACUGGAUGCUCGUCGGAGACGUCCCCUUCAAGAUGUUCGUGGACUCGUGCAAGCGGAUCCGUCUCAUGAAGAGCUCCGAGGCCGUCAACCUAUCUCCAAGGACAUCAUCCCAAUGAUCGACCGAACGCGUAUGCGCUAGGCGGUUGAUCUGUCUGAAUUUGUUCACAACAAAGCGUGCAGUGGAAGAGGCUUGGCUGCUCAGGUCCUCCAUGCACCUUAUACACCGUAGGAUCAGAGUUGAGUCUGUUGUUGUGCUCUCUACAGGCCACACACACACACCCCCAUGGGAACUUUGUCUCAGUUCCAGGAGCCCCUCCUCUCGGCCGGAUGGUUUGGUUUUUGGACGCCGGCGAGAAGGGCGGCGCCACCGCUUUGUCAGCUAGAUUGUUAGUCCCGUUUUUCAGAUCGUUUCAGACUUGGGCUUCCAUGCCGGUCUUUGUUUGCCCUCGGUCAUCUUGUCUCGAGGGGCGUUGAUGUAUACACGAAUAUGGUACAUGCUGUGUGCUGUUUCCAUUGUAAGGUCAAAGAAUACAACUGUCACUGUUCUUGCGAUUCCGG